CACCAGCCCUCUUAAGGAUGAGACCGUCCCUUGAUUCUGGCAUCGGAGCAUGACCUACACUGUACAAGAACUGUUCCUGGUCCUGGAGGGCAAUCGACGUGAUCGAAGGAGCCAUGUCUAAUAAAGACCGGUUAUAUAUUUGUCUUUAUGCGAGAGGAGGGCAGCCGAAAAUGCGAGACCUUGAAGAUACCUAUCACUGGGCUUUGAUGGUAGGCCCGAAGAUUGAGAAGCCAGAGAAAGAAGGUGUACGAUACCACGCGAAAGAAAAGGUCGGUUCGGAUGGCGUACAUUGGGAAUUUGAGAAAAGAUCUGUGUCACUCCGACCGACAAGUAUGCUCCUAGUGCGGGUGUUGAUUGGCAAGGUGGACGAUUCAGCUCGACUUGAUGCGAUCUUGCGUCAAACCCCAGUGAGGGAUGGCUUGGAUGGUUGGAACUGCGUUGCCUGGCUGAAGGAAGCUCUAGAGCUUGUUAGUAAGGACAAAAAGGCCGUUGGAACAAGCGUCCUGGUGUGGAAUACUGUUCGCAAAACUGCAAUGGAUUACUGUAACCAAAAGAAAGCGGACGGUCGAUUUUCAUCUGCGAGGUAUAAUCCAGAGAAAGUUCCAACAUAUGACCUUCUGGAGCAUAAGGAGACAACUUCUUGAGAUAUACAGUAAGUUGAGAAAGACAUAGCCUUCAGAAUUCUCCCCACCAUCUCUGCCUAAUCUUCUCCAUCUUGAGAGCUUCAGGCCAAGGCUCC